CACGCUGUCGCAAGGAGUUCAUUCAAGCCAAUUCAAGCAACUUCAGUGGCGCGACGUUCAAUUUUCGUUCGAGCUACCAAACCCUAUCUACCUGGAGCAGAAACUGAAUCGAACUGAUCUCUACUAUGCUUCCCACUAUCGUAUAUCCUUCGGAUGACAUCUUCAGCAAUGUCGCCCGUCUUGACGACUUUGCAUUUGGUCUCACUGAAUGCAGGGACGUUCUGGAAUUUCUGAUGGAGAAGAAUCCCGAGAAAGAGUAUGCGGAAUUUUCUGAUAUUGAAUAUGGGGUGUAUGCACUGGUAUUCGACAUUGUCGCCGACAAUAUUGUUUAUGCAUUGCCAGGGAUACCAAGAUUGACUCACAACCAUGACGAUGGCAUUUUCCUUGUCAAACGCGCAGCCCCAUACACGUCGCACGAAGCCCCAUUCGAUCACCUUGGUUCAGGAUUUCGUUACUUUUUGCUUGACUUCAAACACGAUGACAAUCCUGUGUAUAUCACGGUAUCCAUGAACUACGGGCUGAGGUCCGCAACUGUGUCUGCAGUUCCAGACAUGAUCAUCCAUGUUCAAAAAGGCGUGAUUAUCGGAGGCAAAUCCCUAUGCAUCGGCGAAUGCGCCUUCUCCCAGGAUACAGAUCCGGUUCUUUUGAAACUGAAAUAUGAAGUUGCCGCCCAUCCAGAAGUCGUGAUGGUCAUAAUGGUUGUUAUUGAUGAGCAUCAUCCUUAUCACUCACCUGAACGUGGGUCUGAAGCAUGACAUAUGCUACGCCAUGAGACAUCACAUCGUUCUUACUCUUCCUUCUCGCUUGGAAACGCUGCAGCGC